GGCGGAGCGGGGCGGGCGGGCGCAGAGCGCAGGCGGAGCGGAGCGGGGCGGGCGGGCGCAGAGCGCAGGAGGGGCCGCCCCUUCCUGCGGACGGGUGGGCGUGCAAGGGGAGGAGCGGCCCCGCCUCACGGCCGUGCAAAAGGAGAGGGCGGCGUGUGGCCGCGCCAUGGAGGUCAGCCACUCCGUCAAGGAGCGCACCAUCGCCGAGAACAGCCUGGUCAUCCUGCUGCAGGGCCUGCGUGGCCUCGUCACCACUGUGGACCUCCGCGACGAGAGCACGGCCACGGGGCGCGUCACCAACGUGGACGCCUUCAUGAACGUGCGGCUGGCGGAGGUGACGUACACGGACAGGCAGGGCGCGGUGUCGCACCUGGACGAGCUCUUUGUGACCGGCAGGAACGUCCGCUACGUCCACAUCCCCGACGAGGUGGACAUCAGGGCCACCAUCGAGCGGCAGCUGCAGAUCAUCCACAGGGUCCGCUACUUUGGGGGCCGUGACAAGGGCAGGAAGGAGUUUCCUCGCACCAAGCACAAGUGAGUCCCAGGACAGGCCUGUGCCUUUGGCUGAACUGCCACCACCUCCGCACCUUGCCCUGGACAUCUGCCCAGGAACCUGGGGCUCUGCUGCUCCCCUGGCCGGUACCUGGUGGGGAGCAGGUUUAUUUUUGUUAAUGAAUAGUCCCACUAAAAAGGUUUUGAGAUCUCUCA